AUGACUGACAUUUCUUCCCCCCUUUCGUUCACCUCUAAAGGAGCUACCAAAGACAUGGGGAAAAUGCUGGGUGGGGAAGAGGCUGAGAAGGAUCCUGAUGCGGAGAAAAAGGAGGAGGAAAGACAAGAGGCACUUCGGCAACAGGAGGAGGAGAGGAAGGCAAAAUAUGCAAAAAUGGAAUCGGAGAGAGAAAACGUCCGACAGGGCAUCAGGGAUAAGUACGGCAUCAAGAAGAAGGAGGAGAAGGAAGCCGAGGCCCAGGCUGCUUUGGAUCAGGCAGCAGAAGGGAGUCUCACCCGCCCAAAGAAGGCUGUCCCACCCGGCUGCGGAGACGAGGAGGAGGAGGAGGAAAGUAUCAUGGACACGGUCAUGAAAUUCCUUCCCGGUCCACUUAUGGAUAUGUUCAAUAAAAAGUAACAGUGUUGGCGAUAUUAGAUUGUUAACCUUCCAACACACAUAACCAAGACCACCAUCCUAACCAACCCUUCUCCUUCACCCAUACAUCCCUGUUCUAAGAGCCCUGGAUGAAUCAACGUGCCAUAAUAUUUGUCCUUAA